UUUGAUCCAAAAUUAUGUAGUUUGUAUGAUCGUUGUAGCAAUCUGAUUGAUUUGCUCCGUUGGUUAUUCUUUAGUUUAAAGGAGAGAGAGAGAGCUUUGACGGGACAAAAAAAAGUUCAUGGCAGAGAGUGCUAAUGAAGAAUCAGGGGUUGGAAGAUCAGUAGAGGAGACUUCAAAUGGACAACACAGUUCCAGUCCAUCAGGAGAAGCAAUCUCUGAGUGGCGCUCUUCUGUUCAAGUGGAGAACGGCACUCCUUCCACAUCCCCUCCUUACUGGGAUCUCGAUGACGACGAUGAUUCUGGCCUUAAACCCUCUGAAUUAUUUGGAAAAUAUACUUGGAAGAUUCCGAAAUUUUCAGAAAUCAGCAAAAGGGAGCUCCGUAGCAGUGUUUUUGAAGCUGGCGGCUACAAAUGGUAUAUUUUAAUUUAUCCACAAGGCUGUGAUGUUUGUAAUCAUCUCUCCUUGUUUCUCUGUGUUGCAAACUAUGAUAAACUACUUCCAGGCUGGAGUCAUUUCGCUCAGUUUACUAUAUCUGUGGUGAAUAAAGAUAUAAAAAAAUCCAAGUAUUCUGGUGAAUUUAUUAGUUCAUAUGUUCUUCAGUUACACACAUGUGAUAAGAUUAUUUUCUUUCAUUUCUUCGGUAUUACUGAUUUAUGCAUUGUGGAUAAUAUCUCUAUAAUUGUUCCUUGCAGGGAGAGGGUGGACCGACCUUUUCGCUGCCUUGAUUGUGGUUAUAGGAGAGAACUUGUUAGGGUGUAUUUGCCAAAUGUAGAGCAAAUUUGCCGUCGUUUUGUUGAAGAGAGAAGAAACAAACUCGGGAGGUUGAUAGAGGACAAGGCCAGAUGGACAAGCUUCGGUGUCUUCUGGUUAGCGAUGGACCAAAACUCUAGGCGUCGGAUGUCUAGAGAGAAAAUGGCCGUUAUCCUAAAAGGAGUUGUGAAACAGUUUUUCAUAGAAAAAGAAGUUACAUCAACUUUGGUGAUGGAUUCCUUGUAUAGUGGGUUGAAGGCUCUUGAAGGCCAAACCAAGAACACGAAAGCUAAGCCAAGACUGUUAGAUGCCAAGGAAUUGCCAGCUCCGAUUGUUAGCGUGGACAAAGAUAUGUUUGUAUUAGUUGAUGAUGUGUUGUUACUCCUAGAGAGAGCUGCUCUGGAGCCAUUGCCUCCAAAAGAUGAGAAAGGUCCCCAAAACCGUACAAAGGAUGGCAAUGAUGGAGAAGAGGUCAACAAGGAAGCCUAUGAGCGUGAUGAGAGACGUUUAACUGAGCUGGGUAGACGAACUGUAGAGAUAUAUGUUCUUUCCCAUAUCUUCAGCAGUAAAAUCGAGGUUGCAUAUCAAGAAGCUAUUGCGCUAAAAAGGCAGGAAGAACUUAUCCGUGAGGAAGAGGAAGCAUGGUUGGCUGAAACCGAACAAAGGGCCAAAAGAGGAACAGCUGAGAGAGAGAAGAAAUCUAAGAAGAAACAGGCGAAACAGAAGCGGAAUAAAAAUAAAGGGAAGGACAAAAGGAAGGAAGAAAAGGUAAGUUUUGCAACACAUGAAAAGGAUGGGGAAAACCAAAACGAUGGGGAAGAAAAGGAUUCUGUCAUAGAGACAGCCCAAUCCUCAGCUGAAAAGCCUGAUACUCUGGGAGAUGUGUCUGACAUAUCUGAUUCUGUGGAUAGUUCAGCUGACAUUCUUCAGCCUGAUUUAGAAGAUAGGGAUAGUAGUCCCGUUCAUUGGGAUACUGACGCCGUAGAAAUUCAUCCUCCGUCAUCAGGAGGGAGCAGCAGAGGAAUAGGCAUUUCCAUAUCUACACCCAACGGAAUUGCAGAAAGGAAGAGUCAGUCCACUAUGGAUGAUAGCUCUUCAACUUGUUCUAAUGAUUCUAUCCGGUCGGGGGUUACUAAUGGGUCGUACCAAGGGAAUACCUUCCGAAACCAGAAGUCGCCAAACAAAGGAAAGAACCAACAAGUAAAAGCAACAUCUGAUGCCCACAGUUUAGCGAGUGAGACAGAUGAUCAACCUUCAACACUUGGAACAGACCCAAAGAGUCGGAAUUAUUCUUCCGAGGCAAGCAACGCUGGUGAAUCUGAUUGGGUUGUUGUCUCCCACACCCAGGAGCCAGAGGGUUCUCGAAAUCGUAAUUCUGUUGGGAAGGAACGCAGCAUGGCUCAAACCAUUGUGAACUCGGUCGACAUGGAUCGACCUAAAGAGAGAAGCACUGCUGUACUUUCUUCUCCCAGAAGUUUUACCAAGAAUUCUUCACCAUUAUUAACUCAGACGAAACCGGAGAAAAAGAGCGUAUCAACCACAGACAAUAUUCCAAACAAAAAAAUAGUGUCAGCAACUGGACCACCUUCAUCAAGUCAAGUAGUGCCUUCGUCGGAUAUUCGACGUCAAACUGUUGGCCUCAGAGCUGAAAUGCAAAAAACCUCUGCUCCAAAACAACCAGCAGCAACAACUUCUAUAUCAAGGCCUUCUAGUGCUCCGAUAAUCCCUGCGAUGCAACCUGCCCCUAUCACUGUCUCCUCGUUGGUUCAAAUGACAACAUCCCUUCCCCGUUCGGUUAGCUCAGCUGGUCGUCUAGGUCCUGAUCCAUCCUUACACACUCAACAAACUUACACUCCGCAAUCCUAUAAGCACGCCAUAGUUGGUAACUCUCUUGGUUCAUCAUCUAGUUUCAACCACCACCCAAAUUCUCAUGGAGUUGUUCCAAGCACAUUGUCAUCAUCGUCUUACUUGCAAACACCGACAUCAUCAUCUUACCAGUCGAGCUUCCCUUUCAGUCAAGAUGGUGGUGGGCUCUUGUGGACAGGAAGGAAUUCGAAUUCUGUAAACAUUGGCAUGAACAAGCCUUAUACAACCGCCGCCACUACUAGCAACAGAUCCCUGAACCACGUGGACAUGCAGAUUGCGCAGCAGCAAGCACAAAGCUUGAUGACAGAUGAGUUUCCUCACCUGGACAUCAUCAACGAUUUGCUGGAAGACGAACAGUGCAGCAACAUGGUGUUUAACGGAAGCGUAUUCAAUCAUCCAUCACAACAACAAGUGUUCAACGGGGGGCAGUACUCGUCAUACCAGGGGGGUGAUGCAGGUGAGUUAUUUUCUGGUGGUGGCAGGUCGAGGAGUUUAGGAGAAGAAGGAUUCCAUUACAUGCCAGGAGGAGGAUAUGUAGAUGGGAUGAUGCCGACACAGUGGCAAAUGGCGAACAUGGACUUGUCAUUGCUAGCAAUGAGGAACAAUAAUAACAUGGAAGAGGCAACAUCACCAGCAAAUUACCAUCACACAUACUAUGGAAUGGAGUCUGGGAACCCGAGUUUUUCGUCGGGGAUAAACGGGUACACAGAGUUCAGGCCAUCGAACGGUCACUGAGAGACAGGGGGUGGUGUAAACCUCUCAGCAGGAACUUCUGAGGAAAUGAAGCAAAAGGAGAGAGAGGUGAACUGGGGAUUUGUAAUGAAUUUAUUAUAAAAGAAAAAGGGAAAAGAAAUCAUGAAAAUACAAUUUGUGUAAAGAGAGAGUUUGUCUUUGGUCUUAUUCCUCCUCCUCUACGUUUCAAAUGAAUUUCUUUUCUUUUC